CCGCUGGAUAAUGUUGUCAGCACGAUAGCCGUCAGUCUUUCGAGGCCGUUAUCGAAACGGAAUACAUUAACGUGGUGUUAUUCUGAUAUCGCUGUGGCGUUAUGUUGUUUGUGACGUUCAUGCUCGCGCGCAACUCCCUCAUUCAAUUUGACGAGACAGUUAGCGCUGAAGCUAGCGUUAGCAGCUAGCUCGGGCUAGCUGCCCCCGCCGUGUCCGUGUAUUCGUUUCCCGGAGUUUUGUUUCCUUGCAGCCGCAUUAGUUCGCUGCUCCACCGCACUUCAAGCUCACACGGGGGUUUAAACAACACCUCGGGGCCGCAAAGAGAGUCAGAGGAUGCUGGCGACGGGAGCAGCUGUAACUAACGUCACAGCUCUGGCCCAGGUAGACCGGGAGAAAAUCUACCAAUGGAUCAAUGAAUUGUCCAGUCCGGAGACGAGAGAAAAUGCCUUGCUGGAGCUGAGCAAGAAACGCGAGUCUGUGCCAGACCUGGCGCCGAUGCUCUGGCACUCCUGUGGCACCAUUGCUGCCCUGUUGCAGGAAAUCGUGAACAUCUAUCCAUCAAUAAACCCACCUACGCUUACAGCUCACCAGUCUAACAGAGUGUGCAAUGCCCUGGCACUGCUGCAGUGCGUUGCCUCGCACCCAGAGACACGGUCGGCCUUUCUUGCUGCUCACAUCCCUCUUUUCCUUUACCCCUUUCUGCACACUGUGAGCAAAACACGUCCGUUUGAGUACCUGCGGCUUACCAGCCUCGGAGUUAUAGGUGCCCUGGUCAAAACGGAUGAACAGGAAGUGAUUAACUUCCUCCUCACCACUGAAAUCAUCCCGCUAUGUCUCCGCAUCAUGGAAUCAGGGAGCGAGCUCUCCAAGACGGUUGCUACUUUCAUACUGCAGAAGAUCUUGUUGGAUGACACCGGUCUGGCUUAUAUAUGCCAGACGUACGAACGCUUCUCCCACGUGGCCAUGAUCCUUGGCAAGAUGGUGCUGCAGCUCUCUAAAGAACCAUCAGCUCGCCUGUUGAAGCACGUCGUCCGCUGCUACCUCCGCCUCUCAGACAAUCUCAGGGCCAGAGAAGCCCUGCGCCAGUGUCUGCCCGACCAGCUGAAGGACAGCACCUUUGCCCAGGUGCUGAAGGACGACACCACCACCAAGCGCUGGCUGGCACAGCUGGUGAAGAACCUCCAGGAGGGCCAAGUCACCGACGCCAGAGGCAUCCCACUGGCACCGCCACAGUGAUGAGCAGGGAGUGUGUGUGUGUGUGUGUGUUUACAGCCGACACAGAAGGACUCUCAAUACCGCCUAGAUUUUGUAUUCUUGCCCAAAUGUGGCAGUAAGACAAACUGAAGGACACAAUGGAGUCAGAUUUGCUUUUGGAUUACACCUGUUGUUGUUUUCUGCCAGUAUGUCACUUCUUCACAGCUGGAAAUCAUUUUUUCCCCUUUUUUUAAAGAUCCAGACUCAUCGUAGGGAACUGAUAUUUGAGAAUGGGGGGAAAAAAAACCAAUAAUUCUAUAUUGGCCGGUGUUUUGUUUCUGGUGUCGAUGCUGCAACAUGAAAGGAAAAGUCCGAGUCUGAUGUGUUACCGUUUAAUGAGACUUCACCACCAACAAUAAAUAAUAACUGAGUUACAGGAGGAACAUGUUUAAUAUGAAAAAAAGCCAAAUGUACGUUCGAAUACAACCUGUCAAAAUGCUGCAUUUUUACCUGGAUGUCUGUCAGCAUAUCAAUACUGAUAUAUAUUAAUACUGAUAUAUAUCAAUGAUGGGCUCGUGCUACACCAAUGUAUCGGUCGGUUCCCGCUCAUCACCAACUGUCUGUAACAUUCCUCUUCACAGUAGGAACUGUUUUGUUUAGUUUAUUUCCUUCUCGCAUUUCCAAUAAGACUUUUGAAUCUU